AUGCAGCAGCAGUACCGUUCCUAUGCACAACAAGUGCCUCAGCGGUCGCCUCAUACGACUAACCAGCGGCGAGGCGGAAUCGGGCCCAUGAUGUCUUCAGGACCCCACCCCUCCGUCCCUCUUACUCAAGCCCAGAUUGCCCAGCAACAACAAGCUCAGGCGCAUGCUAGUGAGCUUGCUAAGAGACGCAGCCGCAGGCCUACCGACAAGAACAUGCCUGACGGCGUCGAGGACAGCAUUGUUGAUACCGAGGGUGUUCAACGGUAUAAGGACCUGAAGGAUGUCGAGCGCCGACUCGAUGCCACCAUGACGCGCAAGCGCCUCGACAUUGUCGACAACGCGAGCCGUACCUCCAAGCGAUACAAGACUCUUCGGGUCUGGAUCAGUAACACGGUCGAGGAUCAGAUUUGGCAGAGCAACGGACUUAACGUUGACGCCUUCGACUUCGCCCCUAGCAUGGAAGCCUCGUAUCGCGUUAAGAUCGAGGGCCGUCUGCUCGAUGACGAGGAUGGCCUAGUCACCAAGAACGAGACUGGGGAUAAGGCGGAACAGGAUGUUGCAGGCCCUUCGCCACAGAAGGCUAAGACACAAACGCCGCAGAAACAUCGGUUCUCGCACUUCUUCAAGGCACUGACCGUUGACUUUGACCGUUCACGAUUCCGAAACGGUGCCGAACAGACCGUGGAGUGGAAGAAGCCAGAUGCUACAUCCAGGAACCAACCUCCCACGAACUUGCCCGCCGCGGCUGACUUUGAUGAACUCACAUUCAAGCGCAAUGGAGACGAGAACUCGAACAUCACCAUCAACCUCCACCGACAGGAGUCCCCCGAGACGUAUCAACUCAGCCCAGAGCUUGCCGAAGUGGUCGACAUGACCGAGGCGACGCAGCAAGAAGCUGUUAUGGGGCUGUGGGAAUAUAUCAAGCUUCUGGGUUUGCAGGAGGACGAGGAGAAGCGCAACUUCCGCUGCGACGAGCUGUUGAAGAAGGUCGUGAAACGCGGAGAUGUUGGAUACAUCCCCAUGCUUAACGAAUACGUUACACAGCACCUUCGUCCCCUUCCCCCUAUCAGCCUCCCUUACACUAUCCGAAUCGACCAAGAAUUCCAUAAAGACCCCCAACCGACCAUCUAUGAUAUCCAGGUUUCGGUGGAAGACUCAUUCCGGGAUUCUUUGUUGCCUCUAAUCAACAACCCGCAGUACGCCGCCAUGCUUAAGGAUGUGACAACUCUUGACGAUCAGCUCGCGCGUGUCAUCCAGGCCAUCGCCGUCUCCAAGGCCAAGCACUCAUUCUUCACGUCGUUAAGUGAAGAUCCCGCCAACUUCGUCAAGAACUGGUUGAGUUCGCAGAAGAGAGAUCUCGAGGUAAUUAUGGGAGAAGCCUCGAGGGGUGGUGGUGAGCAUGCCUCUGGCGACGAAUGGCGUCGGGGCGGCAAGGAUAGCGUGUGGGGUACACAGAAUGCCCGGGAGAGUGUCAACGUCUUGCUCUCUAAGCAACGCUGAUAUGAUAGCGAGGACUCUGAGUUCAGGGUUGGCAGGGCAUUCAGGAGUUAGGAUUAUGAGUCAAUUUGACCCAAGUAUGUAGGACUCGAUUGGCGUUGGCUGGGAGCGCGUCUGGUGUACAAUAAUAUCAUGAGCCACAACAUUGGCACGGUCAGGGAGCUUCCCAUCGCAUUUUUAUGUGUCCGCUGCUUAUGCCUGUGAGGUUUUGUGUUCCAAAAAACUCCUUACUUUGUGAUGACCG